CGAACACAGCAGCAAUUUCUCCCAAAAUAUUUUUGCCCCCAAAAGCUUUCCGCCUUUCCUCUUCUCUCCACCCCCACUGACAGCCACCCACCAGCUGAGCACCGUCGACCACCAGCUACCGUACGACCAUCUCCAUCUCCAUCUCCAUCUCCGGUUCUCAGGCCAAACCACUGUACGACCCAUCUACCGUACGGCCAGGACGGGUCCAGCUACCACAUUGGAUUGAGAUAUCUGCUCGGCUGGGCUCUUGGGUCGGAAAGGGUGGGGCUUUUCACGGGCGAAAUCAGGCGAGCUUGGUCUUCCUUGUGGAGCACAAAAUAUUAGCAUCGAAAUUAUUGUGAGCAAAGGAAAAGGAGAAGAUGGAGAUAAACUUGGGAAGACUUGCUUUCGACAUUGAUUUCCAUCCUUCGGAAGAACUCGUAACCACUGGGCUCAUAAACGGGGACCUUCAUCUCUACAGUUACGCCGCUAAUGCCUUACCACAGAGGCGGUUUGAAGUUCGCGCACACACUGAGUCUUGCAGAGCUGUUAGAUUCAUUAACAAUGGAAGUGAAAUUGCGACUUGUUCUCCAGACUGCUCAAUUCUGACCACAGAUGUGGAGACUGGAUCACCCAAUCUUCGUCUUGAACAUGCCCACGGUGAUGCAAUCAGUAGAUUGAUAAACUUGGACAAGACAACCAUAGCCACGGGUGAUGAUGAAGGGUGUAUCAAGGUGUGGGACACCAGACAGCGUUCUCUCUGCAAUUCUUUUGAUGCUCACUGUGAUUAUGUUUCUGAUAUCACUUUUCGUUCUGGCACACUCUUGGCUACUAGUGGAGAUGGGACUCUUUCUGUUUGCGAUCUUCGAAAAAAUAAAGUCCAAGCUCGGUCUGAGUUCUCUGAAGAUGAGUUACUCUCCGUUGUUAUCAUGAAGGAUGGUCAGAAAGUCGUUUGUGGAUCACAAACUGGAACUCUAUUACUGUAUUCAUGGGGAUGCUUCAAGGAUUGCAGUGAUCGCUUUAUUGGUCUCUCUCCGAACUCUGUUGAUGCAUUGUUGAAGCUGGACGAAGAUACAAUCAUCACUGGAUCUGAGAAUGGACUCAUCAGCCUGGUAGGCAUACUACCCAACAGAAUCAUUCAACCGAUUGCGGAGCACUCAGAGUAUCCUGUGGAGCGCCUCGCUUUUUCAUUCGAUCGAAAGUUUCUUGGCAGUAUAGCACAUGAUCAGAUGUUGAAGCUAUGGGAUUUGCAUGAUAUAUUGAUAGGUUCUGGAAAAACUGUAACAAGUGAGGCAGAUAUUGCACACAGUGAUAGUGAUGAGAUGAAAACGGAAACUAGUCUUCCAAAGAAUAAUAAAGGUACCAAGAGAAAAAGUGCAAGUAAUGGAAAUGAUUUUAGCAGUUCAACCAGUUUUUUCGCAGAUUUGUAGGUGGAUGGUUCCAUAGACCUUUUCUUAUUCAUUUCAAGUUCAAUAUAUAAGAUUUUUCACUUUAGUAUUCUUUUAGAAUCCCAUUGUGGCCUUCAGUUAGUAUCCUGAUGGCUGAGCAAUGUUUACCAUGCCAUUUGCUAGGACACAGUGGUUGUCUUUUUAUGAGAGGAUUAUGAAGUAUUUAAUUUUGGUUUUCUUUUUAAGUUUGUGGGAGGAUCUCGGAGUUAUCUUGGUGUCUCGUGUGUUAAUUUUUUUUUUUUUAAAUAAAGGUUUUUCUGCUUUUUUCCUCUCA